CUAUGCUAAAAGCCCUUCAUUGUAUUCCUCGUUGAAGAUCUCUCUCCCACUUCGAUCUGACCCAACACAACCGAACCGAAGACGAAGAAAUUAAAGAGGCAAACUUUGAUACUCUUUCUUCUUUCUAGCUUCUCCUCCUCCGUUCGCUUGCCUUAUUAAUUUGAAGAAAGAGUAAUUGUUUCUGUUUAUUGUUUUUGGUUGAAGUAGAUGAAAGAGAGCAAUGAUGGAUUUAAGAGUGAUAAGCUCGCAAAAUCUUCAUCUGUCAGCUCUCUGCCACUCAUUUUGGACAUAGAAGAUUUCAAGGGGGACUUUUCUUUUGAUGCAUUGUUUGGGAACUUGGUGAAUGAUCUCCUCCCCUCUUUUCAAGAAGAAGACACAGAUCCAUCUGAAGGACAUAGCAACAUCAGUGGGAGUGAUGUAUUGGCAAAUGGUCAUUUACGAGGGCCACCAGAUGCAUCCAAAUCAGCACAAGGACUGUCUGGCCCACUAUUUCCUGAAGUGGAUAAGCUCUUAUCUUUGUUCAAAGAUUCUUGUAAAGAGUUGGUUGAUCUUCGGAAACAGAUUGAUGGACGACUUAACAAUCUUAAGAAGGAUGUGUCUUCACAAGAUUCUAAGCACCGCAAAACACUCACCGAGCUUGAAAAAGGUGUAGAUGGCUUGUUUGAUAGCUUUGCAAGGUUAGAUUCACGUAUUUCAAGUGUUGGACAGACGGCUGCCAAAAUUGGAGAUCAUUUGCAGAGUGCAGAUGCUCAGAGGGACACUGCUAGUCAAACAAUAGAACUAAUAAAGUACUUGAUGGAGUUCAAUGGCAGCCCGGGUGACCUGAUGGAACUUUCUCCACUAUUUUCUGAUGAUAGCCGUGUUGCUGAGGCUGCAUCAAUUGCUCAAAAAUUAAGGUCAUUUGCUGAGGAAGAUAUUGGAAGACAAAGCAUCACUGGACCGUCAGUUGCAGGCAACGCAACAGCUAGCAGAGGACUGGAAGUUGCAGUUGCUAAUCUUCAGGACUAUUGCAAUGAACUUGAGAACAGAUUGUUGUCUCGAUUUGAUGCUGCAUCACAGAGAAGAGAAUUAUCUACUAUGGCAGAAUGUGCUAAAAUUUUAUCUCAGUUUAACAGGGGUACUAGUGCCAUGCAACAUUAUGUGGCAACUCGUCCCAUGUUUAUCGAUGUGGAAGUCAUGAAUGCAGAUACAAGAUUGGUUCUUGGUGACCAUAGUUCACAGGCCACUCCUAGCAAUGUUGCUCGUGGGCUUGCUUCUUUGUACAAAGAAAUCACAGAUACUGUACGUAAAGAGGCUGCAACAAUCAUGGCUGUUUUCCCUUCUCCUAAUGAUGUCAUGGCAAUUUUAGUUCAGCGAGUUUUAGAGCAGAGAGUUACAGCCCUUCUGGACAAACUAUUAGUGAAACCCUCUCUUGUAAACCUACCUCCUAUGGAAGAAGGUGGACUUCUUUUGUAUCUUAGAAUGCUGGCAGUGGCUUAUGAAAAGACUCAAGAACUUGCUAGAGAUCUACGUGCCGUGGGAUGUGGUGACUUGGAUGUCGAGGGCCUCACAGAAUCUCUGUUUUCUGCUUACAAAGAUGAAUAUCCUGAACACGAGCAGGCCUCACUUAGACAACUUUAUCAAGCAAAGAUGGCAGAAUUGCGUGCUGAAAGCCAGCAGACAUCUGAUUCAACUGGAACAAUUGGGCGCUCAAGAGGAGCUGCAGUAGUGUCUUCCCACCGGCAAAUAUCUGUUACUGUUGUAACAGAAUUUGUGCGGUGGAAUGAAGAAGCAAUUUCCAGAUGCAGUUUGUUUUCAACUCAGCCUGCUACCCUUGCAACCAAUGUUAAAGCAGUGUUCACUUGUCUGCUGGACCAAGUCAGUCAAUAUAUAACAGAGGGGCUUGAACGAGCUAGAGAUGGUCUGACAGAAGCUGCAGCCUUGAGGGAAAAAUAUGUGCUGGGCACUAGUGUUAGUAGAAGGGUGGCUGCUGCAGCCACAUCUGUUGCAGAAGCUGCUGCUGUUGCUGGGGAAAGCAGCUUCAGAUCUUUCAUGGUUGCUGUGCAACGUUGUGGCAGUAGUGUGGCUAUAGUUCAGCAAUUCUUUGCCAAUUCUAUAUCUCGGCUUCUCCUACCUGUGGAUGGUGCGCAUGCUGCUUCAUGUGAAGAAAUGGCAACAGCUAUGUCUAGUGCAGAAGGUGCUGCCUAUAAAGGCCUUCAACAAUGCAUCGAAACUGUAAUGGCAGAGGUGGAGCGGUUACUUUCAGCCGAACAAAAGACAACAGAUUUUCGGUCACCUGAUGAUGGAAUUGCUCCUGAUCAUAGGCCAACAAAUGCAUGCACAAGGGUGGUAGCUUAUCUUUCCCGAGUACUAGAAUCUGCAUUCACAGCUCUUGAAGGCCUUAACAAACAAGCAUUUCUUACUGAACUGGGAAACCGCUUGCAUAAAGGGCUGCUUAAUCAUUGGCAAAAGUUCACUUUUAAUCCCAGUGGAGGACUGCGGCUGAAGCGUGACAUAACAGAGUAUGGAGAAUUCGUACGUAGUUUCAAUGCUCCUUCUGUUGAUGAAAAGUUCGAGUUGCUGGGCAUCAUGGCCAAUGUCUUUAUUGUUGCUCCUGAAAGUCUCUCAACUCUAUUCGAGGGUACCCCUAGUAUUCGGAAAGAUGCACAAAGGUUUAUUCAGCUGAGAGAGGACUACAAAAGUGCAAAACUGGCUGCUAGACUAAGUUCCUUGUGGCCAAGUUCCAGCUGAUGAAGUAGUGUGCUGAUUUAGAUCAAGUAGAUCAUUUGAUGAGGAAGCUGGCAGUUCAUCUCGAAUCGUUUGAAAAUUGAAGACCAAGCUUGAAGAAUUCCUUGAGAAUUAAGAGUUCAUUUUCUGGCGGGAGGCGAUCAAUUACUUCUUUACUCCCUACUUCAUUUCUUCUUCUUCUUCUCUUUGUGUUGAGUGUAUAUUUGUGGAGGUACAAGUAGGAAGAUAUGAUAGAUUUAUAGCCUUAAACGUUGAAAUCUUUAUUUAUGUUCUUAGGUCCUGCCGAAUAUUCUUUGCCUGACAAUUCAUAGACAUGAUAUUCUGGUGUCCUUAUACUCCUUGUAAAUGAUUCUUUGGACAAUUAAUGAUGACAAUUAAAGUAGUUGUGCUUA